UUUUUUUUUUUUUUUUUUUUUAUUUUUUUUACUGGGGAUUCUCCUCUCUCCUGCCAGACUGACUUAUACGUUCUUGAUAAUUUCUCUUCCCCUCAUUUUUUAUACUCUUCUCCCUGCUUCCAAACCCUGUGUCUGUGUGUUUCAAUACUAUCACAACCUCUGCUAAAUAUAGAUCUUUUUAUACCCUUCCUCCUCUCUGACCCCAUCCAACACCCCUUGUUAAGGUCUUACACCCAGAGCAAGAAAAGUAAAUUCACUUGGCUUACAUAUCUCUAAGGAACCUGAUGCAUGAGUGGACUAGAGAAGAGAAAGAGAGAAAAACUCCCAAGACCUACAGAUCAUCUGGCUGGCAGGGUCAAGUUUUCUUUGGAUUGAGGUGGAACUGUGGCUCAUGGACAUCUGAUGUGAUAGAGCAUACUCAACACUUUUAGAUAUCUUGAGAUUGCAAAAGCUGACCAUCAACAGCAGGUUUUUAAAUAUCACUGCUCUUCUGACAAGUUGAUUAAGUGAAUAGAAGAAAAGGAAAAAAACCCAAAAAAACCACGAAGCUACUCUCAAGUAUUGAAGAUACAAGGCCAGGAUGAACACGAAGGACGGAAAAGUGUCUGAAGGAGGUCUCAAUGUCACUCUUACCAUACGCCUUCUCAUGCAUGGCAAGGAGGUUGGAAGCAUUAUCGGAAAGAAAGGUGAGACAGUGAAGAAGAUGAGGGAGGAGAGUGGUGCUCGAAUCAAUAUUUCAGAAGGCACUUGUCCAGAGAGAAUUGUGACAAUAACAGGCCCAACAGAUGCAAUUUUUAAAGCUUUUUCUAUGAUUGCACUAAAAUUUGAAGAGGACAUCAACGCUUCGAUGACAAACAGCUCAGUGACAAGCAAACCGCCCGUAACACUGCGGCUCGUCGUCCCAGCAAGUCAGUGUGGAUCUCUCAUAGGAAAAGGAGGUUCCAAAAUCAAAGAAAUCAGGGAGUCCACAGGGGCCCAGGUGCAGGUGGCAGGGGACAUGCUGCCCAACUCGACGGAGCGCGCGGUGACCAUAUCCGGCACUCCCGACGCCAUCAUCCAGUGUGUGAAGCAGAUCUGCGUGGUCAUGCUGGAGUCCCCACCCAAAGGUGCCACCAUCCCCUACCGUCCCAAACCUGCCUCUGCACCUAUCAUUUUUGCAGGUGGCCAGGUAAGAGCAGACACCAUUUUGGCUUCAGCUGGAAACCACACCGUCCUGGCCCAGCCUCAGCCAGCGCCUGCGUUCACGAUUCAGGGGCAGUAUGCCAUCCCUCAUCCAGACGUGAGUCCAGCACAUUUGACCAAGCUUCACCAGUUGGCUAUGCAGCAUCCCCCCUUUACUCCCCUUGGGCAGACCACCCCUGGUUUCCCUGGACUGGAUGCCACUACUCCAACCAGUUCCCAUGAACUUACUAUUCCCAAUGAUUUAAUAGGCUGCAUUAUUGGCAGACAAGGCAGUAAGAUAAAUGAAAUCAGGCAGAUGUCAGGAGCGCAGAUCAAGAUUGCUAAUGCCACAGAAGGCUCCGCAGAACGACAAGUUACAAUCACAGGAUCCCCUGCAAACAUCAGCUUAGCACAGUACCUCAUUAAUGCAAGCAUAUACUUUCUCAAAUCUGAAUGUCUGGGAGAUGCUAUGCAAUCAAUGGUCCACGCAUAACUGAGAAGAUUCCUCCUAAACUGAAGAAUUAUCUGAAUGGCUUAUGCUAGCAAAAUGUAUCCACCACCGCUUUUGUAUGAACAUUCGCUCUGUUUAUAGUGCUGACUGCUUUAAAAUGAGCAAUGAUACAUUUUUCUGCACCACUUUUCUUAGCAGUUGACAUGAGUAACUAUUUACAAUUAAAAUAAUUUAAAGGAUAGCAAAUACUCUAAGGCAAGACUGAGAACAUCAGGUAAUCUGUAGUGCAGUUUUAAAUUCUAAACACCUGCUGCAGGAAGACUGUCCAUGCAAUGGUAACAGUGAAAAACUGAAGUACAGAAAAACUGGCCAAAUUUACAUGUCUCGAAUUCUUCUGUCAUCUUCCCAGAUUUUGGAGUUCAUUUCCAGUAUAUUUAAAUUAAACACUAAAUCCAGGUUACCUACACUUUAUAGAUACUUUUUUAAAAAGACAGAAAAAUUGGUAGUGUUUUUAAAAGUUAAAAUAUGAAUAUAGAGCUAAAGAAGAGCCCACAAUUGUGUCCUGUUUGGACACAGGACACUGAUCUGAGGUAUAUGCUAGCUAUAUAUAUUUAAAUAAAAUACAGUGUAAAAAAUAUAACUAGAUACAUAUGACUGGAUCUUGAUUAAUAGUUUUCAACUUAAUUUCAUUUAUGUGGAAAAUACAAGGAACCCUUUGCUCAUUUAUAAAGUGCAUUUAACCACACACUGCAUUGAAACAAACAGCUGACAAAUGCAGAUGUCGGCUGUUCUGCAGAGCUGCAUGAAACUGUUGUUUUCCUUAUUGUGUAUAGUAUUUAGAAUCAAUAAAUAUAGAUUCCAUUACUUACUGUGUUGACCUGUCGCAUUGCCUUUUGAAAUUCAUCCCAUUCUUUGUCCAUCUGAUCCUUUGGAGCAUCAACUUUUCUCACCUAAGGAACAUGGAAAUUUAUAAAUUAACAAUUUAAGUCUAAUGACUCUCUGGGGCACUGUAAAAAAAAACCAGGAGAAAUAUGAAAAAAUAUGCUGUGUUAUCAGAAAAGUCUGGUUGAUACAUUUCAGUUUAAGUAAUAGAUAUGAGUGAGAGAGUGCAGCUGCACCAUGGUUUCAGAAGAAAAAUCUGACUCUACUUCUGGAUUAAAACAACAUCCGUAAUUGCAGCAUUAAAGAAUAAUUAUUGACUAAAAGUGGCUCGUGUGGAAUGUCUGGAGCAACAAAAGUGAGUUUGAUGGUCUGUCAUUUCACUGUGUCAGGUGAUAACUUAAAUUAUUCUGUAAGCUGCCUGUACAAUUGCAUACAGUAGCCAUUUCACAAGCCAAAAAGCAGUGAACAUAAAGCAUCAAACCCUUCAGUCACUAGUCUGCUGGUGUUAGGUAGCCUGACUGUAUUUCAAAUAUAGUUUAAUUUUGUUGGCUAACAGAAGAAACUGUACAGAUACAAACCAAUCUUAAUGACAUGCAAAGCUUUUUAUUCUGUGGUAGGUGGCAUUUAAUACUAGGACAUGAAGUCUGAAAAUGUAGUAGUGGUAAGAAUGUGUUUAAGAUCUACAGCCAAGGUAAUCAAAGCCAGAUUGUGCUUUUAAUGCAAAUAAAUAAACAAGGUAGUCUACCUGUGUAAUUGAAACUUCCACAAUUCAAGACUGGAAGAUGUGGCAUAUAAUAUAUUUUAGAGGACAGAUUAUGCCUGACUCAGGACUGGUUAGAAAUUAUGUAGCUAGGAGAAUUAAUAGUUUGAACAUAGCAAGUCAUGAUACCAUCUUUUUUUGCAUUAGUUUUAUUUUCCCUUUAUUCAUUCUGGUCUUUUGGUGACAUGUCCGUUGUCACCUUAGCAAAGACAACAGUUUGGUGUGUUUUGUUCCUGAGUGAUUAUACAAAGUCAAGUAGUCAAGUAAUAUGAAUUAAGUUUAUAGAAUAAAUUAGAAGCGUCCAAGCAAACUCAUACUGGGAAGUAAUAGUCAUCAUUUCAUUUUUCUGUUCUGUUAUUAUUUCUAUCAUGUACUGUGUUAUUAUGCAUUGUGGUUGUCUUUUGUAAUUCAUAAUUAUUUGUAUUUCUUACAAUAAAUUUAAACACUAAAGUUA